AUGGCGGCCACCGCCGGCGGCAACAAGAUCCGCAACGCCAAGCUGGUUCUUCUUGGGGACGUGGGCGCCGGCAAGUCCAGCCUGGUCCUCCGGUUUGUGAAAGGCCAGUUCGUCGAGUUCCAGGAAUCAACCAUCGGCGCAGCUUUCUUCUCGCAGACUCUGGCAGUUAACGACGAGACGGUGAAGUUCGAGAUAUGGGACACGGCGGGGCAGGAGCGGUACCACAGCUUGGCUCCCAUGUAUUACCGCGGCGCUGCGGCUGCCAUAGUUGUCUAUGACAUCACCAAUGCGGCCUCUUUUACACGUGCGAAGAAAUGGGUUCAAGAACUUCAAGCACAAGGAAACUCGAAUACAAUAGUGGCCCUUGCUGGGAACAAGGCUGAUUUGUUAGACGCGAGGCAGGUGCCAGCAGAAGAAGCAAAGGCAUAUGCUCAAGAGAAUGGUCUCUUCUUCAUGGAAACUUCUGCUAAAACAGCUAUCAAUGUGAACGAUGUGUUUUACGAGAUUGCGAAGAAAUUGCUUCAAGGACAGCAGGUUCAGAACCCACAAGGUGGAAUGGUUCUUAACCAGAGACCACCUGAGAGGAUGGUGAGCUCUUCUUCCUGCUGCGCGUAA